GCUGAUCUCCCUUUCUUUCUCUGCCUCUCGCUUCCCCCAUCUGUGCCUCUGUUUCUUCCUGCUAAUCGUUUCCUCCUGCUGGUAUUGCUCUGGGACCUUGGUUUGCUCCCAGGCCUGCCGGAUCCCAGUAUGAGUCUAAAGCUGCUGUGGUUGGUGAUGUGAAGCUUUGAAAUGGGGAAACUGGAAAACUGCAUUCGUUUAUGAAACCUCAGUUUUGUCGAAACUGGAAACAUCAACUGAAGAACUGACUGAAAGCGAUUUCAAUUUGUAGCUUGCUUUUUUUUUAGUAAUGGAGGAUGAAGUCAGUGAAUCAAGGUUGCGACUGGCUCGACUGACAAGUCGAUUGGCAGACCUCAAAACGAAAUAUGAGGAAGCCAAUAAAACAGAGGAGUUGAGAUCCUCCUUGGAUAUUACAGAUCACACUGGCACUAUCAGGCAAAUUAUGUCUGCUGGAAACUGCCCAGAGGACUGGUUGGCUUAUCUUCAGAAGGUGGAGAAGAUGGGUGAUCCUCAAACAAAUACUUCCCUAUUGAAUAAACUUCUGGAAUUGUAUGAUGAGACUGUUGCUGCUUUACCAGUCGAAAGGCAUGCUGCGAAUGAGAGCUACGCCCGCAUCCUGGUCCGAUUUGCAGAACUUAAAGCGUUUGUGGAUAUGGAUGAAGCACAAGAGCAAUUUAACUUGGGUAGAGUGAAUUGUAAGAAAUUUGCCUUUGUGCAUAUAGCACAUGCACAGUUUCAACUGAACCGAGCUUGUGUAAAGAAAUGUAGAACAAUUCUUCAGAAAGCUGUGGAUGUCAAAGCAGAGCCCAUUGAGCUGUUAGAAGUUGCUUUCUACAAUUUAAACAAGGGGAAAAUGCUGCUUGUACCGCCGGAUGAAGGAGAUAAAAAAAAUGUAUCUGUGACAAUGAUUCAGAGUAAACCGACCUUUCUACCUAGGGACAGGAAAAACAGUGAUAGUUCUGGAGAAUUGCAACAUGGUCCUAUCUCAUCGUUAAGGGUUGACAAUGGUGACUUCAAUAAAGAAAAUAAUGUGCCGUGUGGGCAGAAUCUUUUCAAGCAAUUCAAGAAAACGGCUGGCAAUAAGAUCUCUCAAACAGUCAGUGUUCCCAUGCAGCCAAUAAUGACUGAUUCGGUGACUGGAUUAAAGACGAUGGAUGUUGCUUCUGUGAAUAUUUCAAUGAAAGCCAUGCGUGUUUCAGUUUCGUCAUUGCCUCAGACAAACAGUGAAGAUGAAGACUCGCAUGGCUAUGAAUGUGACGUUAUGCAUGGAUCAAGUAUUCCCAUUUCCCGGGAUUCACAAAGGUCUGAGAAGCAUGUUCAGAAGGCUGAUAUUUCUCCUGUUUUCUUUAAAACUGGUCUAAAGAAGCAAGAAGCAUCUCAGAAACAGAUUGUUCACCCAAAUGAAAUGGGAUUCAAAGAAUCCAAAAUGUACACUAACUACUCUGCAGAAUCUGCUCCUGCUAAGAAGAAAAAAAUAUCUGCAACUGGCUUUGGGCAUGUUUCACCUGAGACUGGUGCAGCAAUAUUUGAGAAAACUGGUUCAAUGUUUGCUCCAAAGAGAGUGCUGCCGACUGGAGGUGUUGGGAAAACAGCAGGUCCACCAGUGUCUUUGUGUCAGACACCCAGCACCAAAGUAUCUGGUUACUACACAACCAGUAUGCAGACUCCAGUCAUGAACAAAUCUUCGAUGAUGCCACAAUUCUCAACUCCGUGCAAUUUUCCCCCGGUUUACCAACAUCCUGGUCCACAUACUCCAGCGACGCCAUACCAACGUCACGAUCAGCUUCCACAAUAUGGAUCUUCCCAGCAUCCACCACUAUUGGAGGCUUCAGGUUCUUUUGCGGCCAACGAAAAUGUUGUGAUUAAGGGCAGAGUCUACAUGAUACUAAAGCUUAUUGGAACUGGAGGAUCCAGUAAGGUGUUCCAAGUCCUUGACCAAAAGAAGCAGUUGUAUGCCAUUAAGUUCGUGAAUCUGGAGGAUGCAGACCCUCAGACAGUAGCUGGCUACAAGAAUGAAAUUGAAUACUUGGCACGUCUGCAAAAGCACAGUGAUAAAAUCAUCAGGCUUUUUGAUUUUGAAAUUACAGAAAGCUACAUCUAUAUGGUAAUGGAAUGUGGCAACAUAGAUUUAAAUACUUUUCUCAGAAAGAAAAAGGUCAUCAAUCCACUGGAACGCAAAUGUUACUGGAAAAACAUUUUGGAAGCAGUUCACACAAUCCAUCAACAUGGCAUUAUUCAUAGUGACUUGAAACCAGCCAAUUUUCUGAUGGUUGAAGGUAUGCUGAAAUUAAUAGAUUUUGGUAUUGCCAACCAGAUCCAGCCAGAUGUGACCAGUAUUAUUAAAGAUGCACAGGUUGGCACACUAAAUUUUAUGGCACCGGAAGCAAUUAAAGAUAUGUCUUCAUAUGGUGAAAAUGGCAAAGCAAGAUCAAAGAUCAGUCCAAAGAGUGAUGUAUGGUCCCUUGGCUGUAUACUGUACUACAUGACCUAUGGGAAGACUCCAUUUCAGCAUAUUACAAACCAGAUAAGCAAACUGCAGGCUAUUAUUGACCCAAGCCAUGAAAUCCAGUUUGCUGCCAUUGCAGAAAGAGAUCUCCUUGAUGUGUUGAAGAGAUGUCUGGUGAGGAAUCCAAAGGAAAGGUUAUCUGUUGUUGACCUGUUGGAUCAUCCCUAUUUAUGCAUCCAAACUCGGCAGCAGCACUCGGUGACAGAACCCGGUAAGGAGUCCAGAAAAGAAAUUCAUCGUAUUUUUAGUCAGUUGAUGGCUUUGAAUUCUCCCAACAGCAUCACAAGGGCUACGAGAGGCUUAUUGGAACAAUGCAACAGUGGUCGUAACCUUGAUGUAUCUGCUUUUGUGAAGCCAUCCAGUCACAAUCAUUAAACCGUGGAGUGAGGCGCCCCCCUCAACAAACUGGACUGAGUCAGAGAAUGAGAGAUUUCUAUGACUAGGAUUUUGAAUCCUAAAAUGUUGAAAACCUUUGGAACUGGUUCAGUGAUUUAAAAUUGGUCACAUUUAUGAAGAUUUUAAAAAAACAUUUCUGUGCAUGUCUGAUCUUGUAUUUCUGUGUAUUAACAUAUUGUGUAGAUUAUCACUGUGUCUAACCAAGCAACAAUAAUGCUUUUCACCCAACUGGAGCAAGUGUAAAAUAUGCAUUAACCAGGAGAAUAAAUUAGCAAUAACUCACAAUAAGUGCAAGCACAGUUUUAAAACUCAGCAUUUGCAUGUUUAAAAUGCUGUGUUUUGUUGAGCAGUUGCCACUAUUAAGAUUGGAUGGGUUUAUGCCUGGGCUUUUUGCAGUGAAUUUCUUGAAUUUUUCACUGCCUAGCAUCCCAGUAUGUGAAUUAAGAUGAUCUGUAAAUAUUUUGUUUUCAAUACUUACUGAAACAUCCUUGUUUUACUCUAUUCUAGUUAUAAAUGUACUACGUAUUAAAAAAAUGAAAAUUUCAAUGACUAAAUGUUAGCUACAAGAUGAUGAAAGCAAAUGUUUGUAAUAAAUCAUAUCUAAUUUAA